AUGGCGACCUCGAUGAUGCACUGCUUCCGCUUCGGCAGCUCGAAAGAAUAUGCCCCGGUCGUGAAAGAAAAACCGGUUCGUACGCUGCCUGCUCAAUGGUAUACCUCGCCGGAGAUUUACGAGCUGAAGCGUCGAGCCAUAUUCUCUAAACGAUGGUUGUUUAUUACCCACCGCGCGCGAGUCAAGAAAACCGAUGACUGGCUGCGGUUUGAGAUCGCCGGGUUCGACUUCAUCAUUACCCGUGACCGACAAGGAGGAAUCACUGCCUUCCACCAUAUUUGCCAGCACCGCACAUACCCUGGAUUGAACGGCAAAAUGGCUAAAGUCCCGGGGUAUCAAGAUGUAGACGGCUUCGAUAAAGAGCAGAACGGACUCUUCCGAAUACACGUCAAGGUGGACAUCAACGGCUUCAUCUGGGAGCGGUACAAGGCAUACAAUUUCGACGACUACGAUCUCAACCAUACUUAUGAGCUGGACGGGCAUUACAACUGGAAGAUCCUGGCAGAUAAUUUCAACUACCACUGCCCCACGACACAUGCGAAUAUCCCAUUUCUCAACCUUGAAUCUUUUGACAGCGACCUCAAAGACGGCCACAUUCAACACCACUGCGUCUCUACACCCGAACAACUUGCUAAAGGUCUCUUCACAGUCAGUGCCUAUUAUUUUCCCGUCACAGCCAUGUUCGUCUCCGACAUGUAUGAGCGCGUCAUGCGCGAGUAUAAAGUCUCCUGUACGGAUGCGCAACGAGACCUUGAGCGCGGCGUCUUCGUGAAUAGUCAACUUCAUCUCAAGUAUGAAAAGGAUUAG